AUGGCGGGCUUCAACUUGUUUGGUCGUCGGCGACACGACCCUGAGACCCCUCUUCCCACCCAUCGCCGCCGAAGCAGUGACGAGACCAAGAUCAACGAGCGCUGGCACCGCGGUGAGCCGUAUUCUAUGGCUCACCGACCUCCUUUCAUGCUAUGGCUCAAAGUGACGUGGCUCGAUAUCUUGACGAUGAUAGCUAUGGGCGCCAUCGCUUUAGGUGUAUUUCGAGCCCAUCCGCCUGCGCACCGGCUGUUCCCUGUCACUUUCGAAGACGGCGAAGUGGUGUAUCCUCAGUUCGCCUACCCUGCCAUUCCGCAAUAUAUCCCCAGCCAUGCUGCAACUGCGCUUGGCGUCGGCGUCCCAAUACUGGUCAUACUCCUCUGCCAGAUUCGCAUUCGCUCGUUCUGGGACAUCAACAACGGUAUCAUCGGUGUGCUCUAUGCUCAACUGGGAUCGGCCGUGUUCCAGGUCAUGAUUAAAUGGUUGAUUGGUGGUCUCCGCCCCAAUUUCCUCGAGGUUUGCAAACCCGACAUCAGCAAAGCCUCCCAACCAGGUGGCAAUGCGACUGGUCUCGACGGCACAGGCUAUGGCGGUAUCAUGUAUACCUACGACAUUUGCACCGCCGAGAUGGGAGGUUCCCUUUCCAACGCAUUGGAAUCAUUUCCAUCGGGCCACACAACAUCCAUGUUUGCCGGCAUGGUCUAUCUGUACCUCUACCUCAACGCCAAGCUCAAGGUGUGGUCCAACUACCACCCAUCCAUGUGGAAGCUGAUCCUUACCUACGCCCCCAUCCUCGGCGCCACACUUGUGGGAGGCUCCUUGACCGUCGACCAGUCCCACAACUGGUACGACAUCUUGGCCGGCGGCUUGAUCGGUACGAUGUUCGGUUUCUCGUCAUACCGAAUGGUGUAUGCCUCGAUCUGGGACUGGCGUUUCAACCAUAUUCCUCUCCACCGCAAGAUGCCCCUCGAAUACGAUCUCGACUCUUUCGGCGACGGUCUGGUCGCCACCCGUAAGGCAGGCUGGGGCAAAGGACGGGAAGGAAAGCCCUACGGUACCGACAAGACGGUUAGGACCCGGUACAGCACUAGCAGGGACGGCCGUGGAGUUGGUGUUCCCCGUAAGGCGGUGACAUCGCAUCAUGAUAGGGCAAAUCGUCGUUCUUCAGCCGGUGAGAUGGUAUAA